AUGGGAGCGAAGGAAUCCAUGACGUCGGAGAAAACUAAAUCCUCCAUGGUGGCCGACGCCGGAAACCUUCACGUCGUCUUCCUCCCUUUUUUGCUUCAAGCCACAUCAUCCCUUUGGUCUACGCCGCCAGGCUCUUUGCCUCUCGAGGCGUUCGCUCCACCAUCAUCACCACCGUUCACAAUGCUCUCAUAUUCAAAUCCUUCAUCGAUCGUGACAUCUUCGCCGGAUUCCCCAAAGUCGUUCAGACCAUCAACUUUCCAGCAUCAGAGGUCGGACUGCCCAUCGGAAUAG